UUCCACACAAACCGUUUUUAUCUGAUCGGCAAAGAACACUCCAGUUCUCUUGGAGGAUACGAACUUAUGUACCAUCACGUUGUUAUUCACGGAUAUCGAGGCUUCUAUUUAGACGAUUUUUGGCGAAAAAUGCGUGGCGACCUGGUAAAAGAAGAAGAACGCUAUUUUCAAAUGGAGGAUCCAGAGUUGGAGAAUGAAGAAGAACGUUAUAAAGUUGUGGAGUAUAAAAUGUUUGGUGUAGAUAAUCCACAAGAACAUGAGAUGAUGUAUUUGUGUUUUCCAAUUGGCUCUAAGAAAGUAGAUGUUUGGGGAAGGAGAAAAAUUGGUGGAUAA